GGUAUUGUAGUGUAUUGUAGAAAACGGUCACGACAGAACACAACUUUACGACAGUCCAUGAACUACAGACGCGCAGGCGCAGUCCGCUGACCUUCUGAGGUGCUACAUGAAGCAUGGCUGCCCGCGCGCUCACCAAAGGGCUUUGGGGGCUGAGACACUCACGGGCUGUUACAAUCGGACAAAAGUAUGCCACCGCAACGUCCAUCAAAUCACCUAAACUUCAAACUGACGACAUCUCAGAAAAAGUGCUAAACGAGCCACUUGAGAAGCCGGACUUCUUCCGUGUGUCAGAGCUCUUCUCGUUGAAAGACCUGUUCGACGCCAGAGUGCAUCUUGGCCAUAAAAAAGGUUGCAGGCACAGGCUCAUGGAGUCGUACCUCUACGGCUGCCGUUUGGAACAAGAUAUAAUUGACCUGGACCAGACUGUGGAGCACCUUCAGCAAGCUCUGAAUUUCACUGCCCAUGUAGCGUAUCGGGGUGGCGUCAUACUGUUCGUCAGCCGCAAGCGUCAGUUUAGCCACUUGGUGGACAGCACUGCUAAGAAUUGUGGGGAGUACGCCCAUACACGGUACUGGCAGGGCGGCCUCCUUACCAACGCCCCUAUCCAGUACGGCCCGGGAGUCCGCCUACCAGACCUCAUCAUCUUCUUAUCCACCCUCAACAACGUGUUUCAGCCGCACGUGGGAAUCAGAGACGCGGCAAAGAUGAACAUUCCAACAGUCGGUGUGGUGGACUCGAACUGCAACCCCAGCCUGGUGACUUACCCCGUGCCUGGGAACGAUGACACUCCAGCUGCUGUGGAGAUGUACUGUCGCUUAUUCAAGAUGACUAUUAACCGUGCCAAGGACAAAAGGAGACAGAUGGAGCUACUGCACGGCCUGUCAGCUCCCUCCACACCAAGCUAGUGAUAUAAUAUAUUCUUAAAUAAGAGACAUUAAAAAAAAGCAUUUUAAAAAGUCAAACCGU